GGGUAGCAAAUAUGCUACUAUUAGUUUUAUGUAUGGUGCAAUUACAGUAAUCAACCAGGGGCUUUUGCUUGAUAAAACCUCAGAUAUUGACUUCGAUUCUUCUGAAGAUGUUUUUGAUGAUGAUGUUGUUUGUGAAGACAAUGAAGAAUACUAUAUAUCAAAUCAACAACAAUGA